AUGGUCAACCCGGCUAACGUAUCGUCCAACGCGUCCUGGGGCGAUAGAAAUGGCACAUUCUCUGCUAAUUCUUCCUCUUCCCACGGAGUCACGUCGAUUCUGUACCUGUAUCCCCACAUCGCCAUCCCAACCCUAGUCGCUGGGGCGGUGAUCUUCCUGGUAGGAGUUGUGGGGAAUGCGGUGGUAGUGGUCAGCGUGCUCCGCUUCAAACAGGGCGGCAUCUACUUCUACCUACUGAGCCUGUCGGUCGCCGACUUGUUGGUUCUUCUCUUCGGCCUGCCCAUUAAAAUCGCGGAGUGGUUCUUUCUGUCUGAGUGGGUGCUGGGAAAGGCCAUGUGUAAGAUCCUGGCGUAUCUACAGAUGCUGUCUUUCACCGCCUCUGUCAUGACCUUAACGGCUAUUGCAAUCGAACGGAAAUUUGUGAUCCUGAACCCGGUAAAGGCUCGUACCCAGCAGGGCAGACACAGGGCGUACCGAGCACUGCUGCUUGUGUGGGUCAUCUCACUCAUGCUCAGCUCACCGAUCCUGUAUCCUGCGACGACGAGGCUGUUUGAAGGUGGAGACGGUGAGCAGGUGUGUCACUGUGUGCAUGCCUGGCCGGCCCCGCUGUACAGCCGCCUGUACGCCGUGUACAACGCCGUGGUGAUACUCCUGGUGCCGCUAUGUGUCAUGACGUACAUGUACAUCAGAUCUGGGCACGAGGUCCUGGUCGCCUGGGAUGGAGGCUACCAAGGGAACAAACACGGACGGAAAGAGCGGAACAUGUUAGUCGCGUGCAUUAGACCACGUUGCACCAAUAGGGACUCCGUGGAUCCAGACCCGGACAAUGUCGUCACCGCUCACAGACGGGGGAACCCUCGAAAGGUUAUAAAGCUCAUGGUAGGUCUGGUGGCGGUGUUCACGGUCUGCUGGGCGCCUCUCCUCAUCUACAACCUGCUCAUCAAGUUUGAGGUGAUCUCUCGCUACACCCAGACGGCCUACAUCCUGAAGCUGGCACUACAUCUCCUGGCACACUCCAACAGCUGCGCAGACCCUGUCUGUUACGCCUUCCUCUCGCGAAAUUUCAGACAGUCCAAGUCUGUGAAAUUUGGAAGACAACUUCAGCUAUCCAAGAGCGGAGUAUUUGGUAAACAGGAUCAAGACUAUGAGUUCGCAACAAUUGGAGAGUUAAAUAUUAGUAACCAUAUCCUAAAACCAGUUCAUUUUGAAACUUCGGUGUAG